AUGUUGAAUACCUUAAACACUAAUACUACUAUUACUACUACUACUACUACUACUACCAAUACUACCAAUACUACUACUACUACUACUACUACUACUACUACUACAACCAAUACUACUACUACUACUACUACAACCAAUACUACUACUACUACUACUACCAAUACUACUACUACUACUACUACCAAUACUACCAAUACUACUACUACUACUACUACAACCAAUACUACUACUACCAAUACUACUACUACUACUACAACCAAUACUACCACUACUACUACUACUACAACCAAUACUACUACUACUACUACCAAUACUACCAAUACUACUACUACUACAACCAAUACUACCACUACUACUACUACUACAACCAAUACUACUACUACUACUACCAAUACUAUCAAUACUACUACUACUACAACCAAUACUACCAAUACCACCACUACUACUACUACUACUACGGUAGUGUUCAGUCCAUAACAUACUGGACUUCAAUUAAUUGACAACAUUAAAUGACCGUAAUUCGUAGUAUAUGAGUAAAUCAUUUGUCUAUACACAGAUUUAUUUCACAGCUAUUGAGCAAUUACUAAUAAAAAUAGAUUGCACAGAAUUAGUUUGAUACUUGUUAAACGCUUUUAGUAGUUAUUCCUCUUCAUAAUUCCUUUUCUAACUGUUGCUUAUUGAACAUAAUAGAUAACAGAACAAUAUUACCUUCAAUCAAAUUUGCAUUAGGCUUUAUUUUAAUAUAAAU